AUGGAUCAAUUCGCUGAUGCCAUCCGACUGUACUUUGACCAGAAAAGUGUUGCUGAAUACAAUUAUCUGAAGCUAUUGCAGCUUGGACAACCUGUUGCUAAAAUUCAGGCAAAGCACUCUGGUCAUGGUGCCAGUGCGGCCACCUCGGACGAAGCUGGUGGAUUGGACGCUGUUCUGUUUUUAUCAACAAAAGCAGAAGUAAUGCUCACUUGCAACGUGUGGGCUGAAGUUGGUCUCUGCAAUGGCUCAUUUGGCACUAUCGAGCAGAUUUGGUUUGCAGAGAAUAUGGGUCCACCAAACCUGCCAAUAGCAGUAUUGGUACACUUCCAUAGUUACUCUGGUCCUGCAUUCCUAGAUACAUGUUCUAAAUGUAUACCUGUGCCCCCCAAAGUGUUUGAAUGGAUGGAUGAUGGAAAGUACUUGUCAAGGCAACAAGUGCCAUUGCGGUUAAGGUAUGCAAUGACUAUUCAUAAGUCACAAGGACAGACACUAACAAAAGCUGUUGUUGAUUUAGGUAAAGGAGAGAAAGUUGCUGGAUGCACAUUUGUAGCUACAUCGCGGGUAAGAUCGAUUCAUGAUAUUGUGUUUGAAUCUAUGACAUUUGAUCGCCUGAAAGUAAUUGGUAGGAGUAAAAAUAUGCAAAAACGACUCAAAGCUGAAGAGCGACUUAAAGUGCUUGCGGAGAAAACUGUCCAAACAUAUAGUACAAGUUGGUCAUGA